CUUGAGACGCAGUUCGAUUCGGCAAAAAUUGUGAGAUUAUUGGAUCAGCCGCUGAGAAAAUCUAGCCAUGGAGCACCGCCCCCCUGAGAUUUGUGGUUGGAGAUGGACCAGAGCGCCAUGGCGUUGAGAGGAGUAUGUGUAUAUAAGGAGAGCAGCCUCCAGACGUUGAAAAUCAGAAAAGAAAAUUGACAGCAUCGGGCUUGAAGCAUCAAAAAACAAUAUUUCCGCCGGCUUAGACUAUCCCAGAGCCUAGUCAUUCACAAUGGGACUCACAUACCAUCAUGCAAUCUCGGUAGCCCAGCUGAUCGUGUUCGUGCCAUGCUUCUUCCUGGCUGCAUUUCUUGUCUUCCGGCUGGGUAUUCGAACCAGCGCAGGGUUCAUCUUCGUCGUGACCUUCACUCUUACACGCAUUGUCGGCGCAUGCUGCGACCUAGCGACCAUCGCCCACCCUACCCUCGGCCUGUACAUUGCUGCCGCGGUCUGUUCGUCGAUUGGGUUGGCCCCUUUGAUUCUCCUCUGCAGCGGGAUGCUAUCCAGAGCGAACGAAUCUGUCAGACGCAGGUCAGGCGUCGCCAUCAGUGACCGGCUCUUCGGGCUUCUCCGCCUCCUCACAAUCGCUUCCCUGGUGCUCAGUGUGGUUGGCUUGACGAAAAACAUGACCGAGGAGGCCUUUCUCCACCCCGACGUCGAAAUCAAGGCCGGAAUCGCGAUUAUCGUGGUUGCGUGGGCGCAGCUGUGUGUUCUGCUCGCAGUGUUGAUCUACCGCCGUCGGGACGUGGGGAAGGGCGAGCACCGCCUGCUCGGGGCCGUCUCGCUCUGCGCAGUUAUCAUCUUCGUCCGACUGCUCUACGCCAUGCUGUGCUGGUUCUCUCCAACCUCGACCUUCAACCUGCUCGACGGCAACGUCACCGUCGAGCUCGUCAUGUCUGUCCUCGAGGAGUUUGCAGUCGUCAUUAUCUGUCUCGCGGUGGGGAUGACGCUGCAACGCCAGCCGCCCAUCCAUGAAGACGGCCAGCAUUUUCAGAGUUUGACGGCUGACACGACUUAUUAUUCCUCUCGAUAGACUUCUUUUUCGCUUCAUUUGUUUUAUAUUUCUUUCAUUUGUUUUUACGUAUAUAGCACUCAAGCCUUGAAUGUCUGGUUAUGGAUAGAUCUACAUAUCAAUGAACUCGUUGCGAAU